AUGGCACCCACUCCUUCGUGGGUCAAAGAUCUUAAGCCCGCAGGCGUCCAAGGCACUGAGCUGCUGUCGCAAGAGCGAGCAAAGUCCAACGUCAAUGUUCAAGCAUUAUCGACCUUUUUGUUUACACAAGAGGGUCUUGACCGCAAGCACAGGAUUCUGAAGAUCCUCACGCAGGAAAAGGUGUUUGACAAGUCGCAGAACUACUUUGCGGGCCGCAUUGAUCGCUUCGAGACGGCGUUGGCAAGAGCAAAGAGGCUGCGACAGCUGCAGGUCAAGCACAACUGGACCGACCAGGACAAGCAGAUUGCCAAUGAGCUCAUCAGCGAGCCUGGCCCGUACGGCCUGCACGAGAGCAUGUUCUUGAUCACCCUCCGUGACCAGGGCACGCCCGAGCAACACGAAAAGUUCCUCAAGCCAGCACGAAACUACGAGUACAUUGGCUGUUACGCCCAGACAGAGCUCGGCCACGGCUCAAACGUACGAGGACUCGAGACGACGGCAACAUGGAAUGCCGAGGACAAGACCUUCAUCAUCAACUCGCCCACCCUGACUGCCAGCAAGUGGUGGAUUGGCUCUCUCGGCCGCACCGCCAACCACGCCGUCGUCAUGGCCCAGCUGUACAUCAACAACAAGCCAUACGGCCCCCACCCCUUCGUUGUGCAGAUCCGUGAUCUCAAGACACACCAGCCGCUCGAGAACAUCCACAUUGGCGAUAUUGGCCCCAAGUUUGGCUACAACACCAUGGACAACGGUUUCCUACUGUUCAACAAGGUCAAGGUGCCGCACAUCAGCAUGCUGGGCCGCUUCUCCAGCGUCGACCCUAACACGAGCAAGUACCUGCGUCCUGCUUCUCCCUCGCUCAUCUACGGAACCCUCACCUGGGUCCGUAGCACCAUCGUCUUGCAAUCUGGCAGCGUCUUGGCUCGUGGUGUCACCAUCGCCACUCGCUACGCUGCCGUCCGCCGUCAGUUCCAGGACCGCGAUGCGCAAGAUCCCAAGUCGGACGAGAACCAAGUUCUCAACUACACAACUGUGCAGAUCAGACUCUUGACUCUGUUGGCCACCUGUUACGCCCUGCACUUCACCGGCCGUGGUAUGAUGCAGCUCUACGAGGCCAAUCAAAAGAAGAUGAGCCAAGAUGCAGGCAAGGCCAGCAGCGCAAAGCGUGGAGCCGGCCCCGAAGAGGUCACCCCAGGCAGCGAUCUGCUCGCCGACCUGCACGCCACCUCGUGCGGUCUCAAGUCGCUAGCCUCGUCCACUGCCGUCGACGGCCUCGAAGUCUGUCGCCGCGCCUGCGGUGGCCACGGCUACAGCAACUUCUCGGGCAUCGGCCCCUGGUACGCCGACUACCUGCCCACCGCCACCUGGGAGGGCGACAACUACAUGUUGACCCAGCAGGUCGCCCGCUACCUGCUCAAGUCUGCCCGCAGCGUGCUCAAGGGCAACGAGCCCACCAACGACACGACCGCCAUCCUCGCCAACUUCCUCGCCAAGUCCGAGACGGGCGCCGCCUUCAACAUCAUGGACAAGGAUGAGGAUCUUGUUGCCGCCUUCGCCUGGCGCUCCGCCUUCCUCACCUUUGAAGCCCUCAAGCACCGCGACGAGAACAAGAAGGCGUGGAAUGAUUUGCUCGUCGACUUUUACCGUCUCUCUCGCGCACACUCGCAAUACAUGGUCGUCAAGAACUUCUACGAAGCUCUCAACUCAUCAUCCAUAAACUCCGACUUGGAUCCUCCCACCAUUGACCUCAUGCACAAGCUCUUCCGCCUUUACGCCCUCCACACCCUCGAGUCCGAAGCUUCCGAGUUCUACACUUCGGCCGCAGUCACUGUGCGCCAGAUCCAGCUUGCGCGCACAAACGCAGUCAUGAAGUUGCUGUCCGAGAUUCGUCCUCACGCCGUCCGUCUAGUCGACGCGUGGGACUUCCCAGACUGGCAGUUGGAUUCGUCGUUGGGACGCUACGAUGGCAAGGUCUAUGAAGACAUGUUUUACCGUGCGAGCGAGCUGAAUCCUUUGAAUGCUAUCACGGUGGAUCCGUACCCGAACAGCGAGGUUUUGUUCAAGACGAACGAUAGCGGCAAGUUCAAGAGCAAGCUUUAG